UCUUUCACCCUCUAGAAGACACACGUUGAGCUAAGUUGUCAACCACACUGGCACCAACCGCUCGACAGUCAGCGGCAAGGUGUUCAUCUUAUAUUUGGGUGAUAAGUUUUGGCAGUAUGAACGGAGCCGUAUCGGCUCGUUGUUCCGUGUAAUUUCAUCCUGCAUGGAGAAUAUGCUGGUUUUUAAUCUGCCAGAUCUCAGUCAGGAAGGAAGCACUUGAGCUGCAAACCUGCAGACCUGAGCUAACCUAUUUUUUUUUAACUGCUCCACGACUCUUUUUCACCGCCUUUUUAGAAAUGAGAGCGACGUUAGUCCUGCUGCAGGCCAUCUCAUCCUGCUGGCUGGUCAGUGCCACACUUUCAAAAACUGAUGCAAAGAAGUCUCAUAAAGCUGAGGCUGAGACAUCUCCAGCUGAGUUAUCUGUGUUGGAGAGAGGCCUUGUUGUGUCAGACCCACACUGGAAAGACAUAGUGAAGGAGGAAAAGAGACAUUGUGCUCACAUCAAGAAAACAUUUCAAGGACCAGUGCUGGGAUACAUUACACCUUGGAAUUCCCACGGUUAUGACGUUGCCAAAACCUUUGGCCCCAAACUGACCUCAGUGUCUCCGGUGUGGCUUCAGCUCCGCCGACGUGGACCUGAAACCUUUGACGUCACAGGACUCCAUGACCAUGAUCCAGGAUGGGUCAAAGCUGUGCGCAAGUCCAACAAAAAAGUCAGGAUGGUGCCUCGGCUGCUGUUUGACGGUUGGUCUUACCAGGACUACAUGAGCGUGCUGGGGAGCGAAGAUGAGAUAGAAGAGCUGGGAAAUGAGCUGGUGGAUGUUGCAAAGACUGAAGGUUUCGAUGGCUUCACCCUGGAGCUGUGGAGUCAGCUGGGCGGUAACAAAAGAAAGGAGCUGGUACAUUUGGUGAAACAUGUAUGUGAGACUCUGAAGGCUAAAAGAUUAGACUGCAUUCUUGUUAUUCCACCUGUUGUGACAAGUACAGGGCAGCCAGGUAUGUUCGGCAGGGAGGAGUUUGAACAGUUGGCCCCAGUGGUCGAUGGGUUCAGCCUCAUGACAUACGACUAUUCCAGUGGUGCCAGACCAGGUCCGAGUGCUCCCCUGCCCUGGGUGAGAGACUGUGUCCUCCAGCUUGCACCCAACUCUCAGUGGAGGCAAAAGAUCCUGCUGGGACUCAAUUUGUACGGCCUUGAUUUUGCAAGCCAGGGAACAGACCCGAUCCUGGGAGGACGGUACAUUGAGAUUUUGCGAGAACACAGGCCCAAACUUCUCUGGGAUGAAUAUUCUGCAGAGCAUUAUUUCAGUUACAAGAGGAACAAUGCAGUGAAGCAUGUGGUGUACUAUCCAUCACUGAAGUCUAUCUACUUGAGAAUCUCUUUAGCCACUGAACUGGGAACUGGAAUUUCCUUAUGGGAACUGGGACAGGGACUGGAUUAUUUCUAUGAUCUCCUAUGAGAGUUGGACUUGUUAGCGAAGACUGUGGACCUUGAAUCAUCAGCACAUGGAUUUGUUUUUUCUUUCUGAGACACAGCGCACCAAAAACUCAGGUGCUAUUUGCAGGUAUAAUUUUUCUGUUUCUCUCUGAGCAGGUGAAAUGAACUCUGAAAUGAGCCAUUGAAAGAGUUUGGUUAUUACUCAACCUGUUUGAGGGUCAUGAAAAGUGUUGGGAAAUCUUGUCAAAAUGAAUGAAACUGGGAUUUGUUUACCAAUCGGUACUUCAGUGUGUUUUCCUCCUGUUUAAUCAAUGAUAUUGUGGGGGGAAAAUCUACUUGUACAGUUCAGUCAGAGUGCAGUAACACAUCUCCAUUCAGCGACAGAAGGUGCAUGAUCAUCAGUGUGUAUCGAGUUUAAAUGGAGGGGGUAUAUUGUUGCUCAGAGGCCUUCAGAGUUCAUGUGCCACAGACAUUUUGUUCAGUCUGUUUUGCCUACAAACAUUUCUGCUCUCAGAUGCAGCUUUGCUUGCAGAGUAGAUGCAGCCUUUUUUUGACUUUGAACAUCCAUCAUCAAGAAUGCAUCUGCUCCUGACUCCCUAAGUUUGUUUUUCCUGUCAUCUUCAACUCAAGGCAUCUGAUUGUGUGGCUUUUAUUGAAUUUGUAAUAAGCAGCAGUGACAAGUAAUGAAGUUGUAUUUACAUUGUUGCCAAACAUCUGUUCUGACCCAGCAUCUUCCAAUAUUUGUCUGAGAUGAAUGUUUGUUUAAUUACAUGAAUAUAAAUGUGAGACAACUAAACUGUUGAAUUAG